AUGCACACGUAUGCCAAUUUUUAUGUAGCGCUUACAAUAAAACAUCGAAAAUGUGCAGUAAUCGAACGAGAAAAAAUAUUACAGCUUCUGCAGCCGAUUCCAGAUGAGUCGCUAACCACAGACGAGCAGUUAAAUUCACAAACUUUAAGACUGGUUUCAAUUGAAACAGUAAUUAGAGAAGAGCGCUGUUCGUCACCUUUAACAAAAGAACAGCUGCAAUUUUUUGAAAACCAUGCAAAUGAAGAAAACUUCCAAUAUUGCUUGAGAGAACUAUCACGAGAGUCGCCAGUAAGCAUGUUAAGCCGAGAAGAUAGUCCUUCUGUUUUGCACUCCCGAGAAAGUAGCCAUUCUCUUUUGAAUUCACAAGAAAAUGACCCGUACGAGACAGAUGCAGACUCAAGUAGCAACUGGUCACCCUCCCCGCGCGUCCGAAAAAAUCCUCGAUUGACUGUUAUAAGUUCAACAUCAGAUUCGUCUGAAUCUAAUGUCGAUGAAAACGUAAACAACAAGAGAAAAUCAAGAAAACGUUUACCUGAUCAAAAAAACUGGAAACGUGAAAUAGCGAAAACAAAAAGAUUAGCGGGAGAAAGGUAUGUUAGCGCAGUUUCAAAAACAAAAAAAAUAAUCGAGAAGAGGAAAAUGAAGGAAGCUUGCCCGAAUACUUGUAAACUAAAAUGCUUUGAAAAAAUUUCAUAUGAUAAUAGGAUAAAACACUUUGAGUCAUUUUGGAAAACCACCACAAAUUGGGAACAAAGAAGACAGUUUGCAGCUUCAUCUAUUGACUUAAUAUAG